CUAAAGUGUAACUAAGUCAGUAACCGUUCAGGUCAGUGUCUGUCUCUUUGAUCUUCAGCUCUAACUAAUUUAAAGCUUUGGCUAAAAUGGCUGCGAAGAUUAAGGCCGGGUCUGUGGUGGAGCUCCAGGGAGAUGAAAUGACGAGAGUAAUCUGGGAACUGAUUAAAAACAAGCUCAUCUUUCCAUACCUGGAGUUAGACCUGCACAGCUAUGACCUGAGCAUUGAGAACCGUGAUGCCACAGAUGAUAAGGUGACAGUAGAGGCUGCUGAAGCGGUGCGCCGCUACAAUGUAGGCAUCAAGUGUGCCACCAUCACGCCAGAUGAGAAGCGUGUAGAAGAGUUUAAGCUUAAGCAGAUGUGGCGCUCACCUAAUGGAACCAUCCGGAACAUCCUAGGUGGCACUGUGUUUCGUGAGGCCAUCAUCUGCAAAAAUAUCCCUCGUCUGGUACCAGGCUGGACCAAACCCAUCAUAAUCGGCAGACACGCUCACGGAGACCAGUAUAAAGCCACAGACUUUGUUGUUCCUGGACCUGGAAAAGUUGAGAUGACAUACAUACCCAGUGAUGGAGGACAGCCUCUUAAGUUUGUCAUCCACGACUUUCAAGGCACUGGUGGUGUUGCUCUGGGCAUGUACAACACUGACAAGUCCAUCCGUGAAUUUGCUCACAGCUCCUUCCAAAUGGCGCUGUCCAAAGCCUGGCCUCUCUACCUCAGCACCAAGAACACCAUCUUAAAAAAAUAUGACGGUCGCUUCAAGGAUAUCUUCCAGGAGAUCUAUGAGAAGGAAUACAAGUCUCAGUUUGAGGCGAAGGGUAUCUGGUAUGAGCACAGACUGAUUGACGACAUGGUGGCCCAGGCAAUGAAGUCUGAAGGAGGGUUUAUCUGGGCCUGUAAGAACUAUGAUGGAGAUGUACAGUCAGACUCUGUGGCUCAGGGUUAUGGUUCUUUGGGCAUGAUGACCAGUGUGCUGGUGUGUCCAGAUGGGCGUACAGUUGAAGCAGAAGCAGCUCAUGGAACAGUCACACGCCACUACCGCCAGCAUCAGCAGGGCAAGGAGACUUCCACCAACCCCAUUGCAUCCAUCUUUGCCUGGACACGUGGACUACUGCAUCGGGCUGCACUGGACAAAAACUCUGAGCUGCGUUUCUUUGCCGAGGCACUGGAGGCCGUCUGCAUUGAAACCAUUGAGGCUGGUUACAUGACCAAAGAUCUUGCCAUUUGUAUCAAGGGCAUGGCCAGUGUGCAGCGAGCUGACUACCUGAACACCUUCGAGUUCUUGGACAAGCUGGCUGAGAAUUUAAAGAUCAAACUGUCAAACCAACCCAAACUAUAACCCCUGCUUCAUACCCACCAAAUCCACAAUGCACACAAUUGUAACAACAGGACCACUAACACAUCAAGAUCUCAGAUCUGUUAAGUGCCAAUCCACAAGCACGGCCAACCUUCUCUGCUGGUCUUAUAGCUGGCCAGAGGACCACUUCUACCAGUGAGGCACUUUUAGGUAAAAAAGUGCCUUUUUAGAAGGUUAGUGAUGCCACAUAUAGUCCUAACCUUUUUCAAUGGUUUUUUACUUUACUAAUAAUUAAUAUUGUUACUAUAUUAAAAUUUGUAGUGAUACAUAUGCUUAAUUAAAACAAUUUCAUAAUAUAAUUUAUUUCGCACUACUAUUGCCCACAUAAUAAAGUUAUUUUAUCUAUAUUGUCAGUAUGAUGUAGGGCAUGUCAAACAGUCUGUUAGGUUUCUUAAACCAUGUGCAAGUGUUGUGUGUCUUAUCUUUGUGGUAACACAAGCUGUCAGAAGUGGAACCUAUUCUGAAGAAACAUUUUUCAACUACAUUCAGUUUUACUGAAGUUUUCAAAUAUUUGUACUUAUUGAUAUAAUGUAUCCAGCUAAUAAAAAGUGGGACCAUGAA